CAGAUAGCAGAGCAAAUGAAAAUGCAAGAGGCACUUUUGAAGAGUCGUUGGCACUUUCUGUGCGAGCACUAUAAACGUAACGCCAUAACCGACAGCCAGGUUGCUCCUAACCAGUUUCCAUACAAGAAGGAAAUGGAGUUUCUCUUGCCCUACUUGCGGCCGCCCCAGCGGGAAGAGCGGCCAAGCGAAGAAAGUUUACCGAUGAAUGUUAUAAAGCCUGAGUUUGUAAUCACAGAAAAAGAUUUGGAAAACGACAGCGGCAGCGAGGAGUACGUGUUUCUGGAAGUGGAAACGCUCGGCUCGGAAGAUGAAACAAACAAUGAAGCAACACAUCAAUUGAACGAUAAUGAACUACGAAAUGAAUUACAGGAAGAAGGGCAGGAACGAAUGCGAGAGCAGGAGCAGGAGCAUGAACAGGACCAACAACAACAGGAUAACGAAGUAAAUGAAAUCGAAAGAAUUGAAGUAGAGGUGCAUAUAAAGCAGGAGGAACCAGAAAAUCUACAACAGUAUAAUGAAAUCCUAAGAGAGUCUAGACAUUUAAAAAAAGAGAUUCAAGAGGUCCAAUGCAAUAGAAGUGGCGCCACCGAGGAGGAAGCCGUUCGUACUCAAAUCCAUGAAGCAACCGAGGAAAAGGUGGAGGGCAAAGUGGAAAUACGGGAAGGAGACAGCAGCAGUGAUAAUACUGCGGGCAGUGUAAGUACAAACAACACGACUAACCGCAGUAACAAUCCGGAAGAACGGUGUGAAGACGCUAUAUUUGGUGAAUUGGUUUCCGCAAUGUUAAAGAAAAUGCCGGCAGAAAAGAAGCGCGCCGUCAAACGUGACAUCAUGAAUUUGUUGCUAACUUAAGAUGAAAAACACCGC